GCCAGUGACGCAAUUCGUUCAUCGUGACGCACAUGCUUGUCGUACGCCGACUAGCUCCCUCGGGAGCCAAGCUCCAGGGGAGGAGGUCUGGGAGCACCAGUUUAGUGGAGUUUACCGGCCAGUGGCCCUGUUCAGAUAAACAGGAGUUCGAGUCGAGCAUGCAGGUCAUUAGAAACUUUGUCACGGCGGAGGAGGAAGAGACCCUCAUGCGGGAAAUCGAACCUCAAGUCAGGAGGUUACCCUACGAAACGAGCCACUGGGAUGACGCGAUUCAUGGAUACCGCGAGGUGGAAUGCAAAAAGUGGUCAUCAGACAACCGCACCGUGCUAGAUCGUGUGGCCAAAAGAGCUUUUGGUGGCCUGGUGAUGCCCUUGGUCCACAUUCUAGACCUCGAAGAAGCCGGAGUGAUCAAGCCGCACGUGGAUAGCACUCGAUUCUGCGGCAGCACCAUCGCUGGCAUUAGCUUGCUCAGUGAUUGCGUUAUGCGACUCAAACGGGUGACUGAGGAUCCAGCCAGCAAGUCCGCGGAUAUUUUGCUGCCGCGACGCUCACUCUACAUCAUGAGCCACCUGGCGCGGUACGAGUUCACGCACGAAAUCCUGGCCAGUGAGAAAUCAUGGUUUGGGAAACGUCUGGUGAACAGAAAGCGACGCAUUUCUGUCAUUUGUCGAAAUGAACCUUCGUCUCACACUCAAGAGCAGACAGACCGUCACAAACCGAGAGAUUAGCCCAAAUCUAGCAAGUAACAUUUUCCUUGUUUAUAUUUUCAAUACGAAAUUGAUAAUGUUGUAGUAGAACUUCUUAUUGGCAGGUUAAAUAUAAGAACAAAUAAAAAUGGUUAAAGGUGAGGAACAAUACAGGGU